AGGGAACACAGCAGCGUAGACUCUGUAUUUAGACAAUGAUAUUAUUGAUACCGUAGUCCUACCACCACCACCAGCAACGAAUGUGACCCUCAAAACCCAAAACCCACCUGCUUUUACGCUUCUCCUGUCACUACCUGUCUCCUUUUUCUUCUUCUUGUUAGCCUUCCCAUUUCAUCUUACCUUGUCUUCUUUCUAAUCUAAUCUUUAACACACAAUGCUUUAAAUCUUUGCCCAAGAAAGAACCCGUUCAAUUUCUUGUCUCUAAAACCUCUCUUUCUAUCUUCUCUCACUCACUCACACCACUAGAUAUAUUUUUUAUAUAUAUAUAUUGAGAGAGAAAAGAGUUUUGCAAAUGGGGGUUGAUUUGAGGCAAGUUGUUGCUGGUAUACUCACUCUCACAAUGUUUGUGAUGCUAGGGAACAUGAUCAAAAGAGACCGCUUUGAUUCUGUUGUUGAAGAAAAACUUCCGGGAGGAGCUGUGGAUGCUGAAUUUGAUAGUGGGAAGGUUACAGAACAAGGCCUUGUAACAUUUGCGAAGAUGGGUAAUGGCCCUUGGAUGGAGGAUGGCCAACAGCUAAAACCAUGCUGGACGGAGUCAACUUUUGAUCAGAUAGAGCAGUCCAAAGGGUUUGUCACUUUCUCCUUAACUAAUGGACCAGAAUAUCAUAUCUUGCAGAUUGCUGAUGCAGUGGUGGUAGCAAGAUAUGUAGGUGCAACUCUUGUAAUCCCUGACAUUAGAGGAAACAAGCCAGGUGAUGAGAGGAAGUUUGAAGAAGUAUAUGAUGUAGAGAAAUUUGUGAAAAGCCUGGAUGGGGUGAUCAAAGUGGUCAAGGAUCUACCUGAUGAUAUAUCAAUUCGAGAUUUUGCUGUUGUCAAGGUACCUAACCGUGUUACAGAAGAUCACAUUGCAGAAUUAGUUGAACCAAUCUUUAGAACAAAGGGCAACAUAAGGCUGGCAACUUACUUCCCCUCGGUAAAUAUGAGAAAGACCACACAAAAAAGUAACACUGAUUCAAUUUCAUGUUUAGCCAUGUAUGGAACUUUACAGUUGCAUUCAGAGGUUAAUGAAGCAGUCGACUCCAUGAUUGAGCGGUUAAGAACCUUGAGCCGCAAGUCUGAUGGACGGUUUAUAGCUGUGGACUUGAGAGUUGCGAUAUUGGAGAAGAAGAGUUGCCAUGGAAGUGGUGCUGGUGGAGCAAAAACUUGUUAUGAUGCUAAAGAGAUCGCCCUGUUUUUAAGAAAGAUUGGAUUUGACAAGGAUACCACAAUCUACUUAACUCAGUCAAGAUGGGAUGACAGCCUUGAUGUUCUGAAGGACAUAUUUCCAAAAACUUAUACAAAGGAAAGCAUCAUGCCUGAAGAAAAAAAAACAAAGUUCCUCGAAUCUGAAGAUUCAGAGUUUGAAAAGGUUAUUGACUUCUACAUAUGUUCUCAAAGUGAUGUCUUUGUACCAGCCAUAUCUGGCCUAUUCUAUGCCAAUGUAGCUGGUAAGAGAAUAGCUUCCGGUAAGACGCAAGUACUUGUUCCGGCCGAUAUUCCAGGUUCCUCUUCGUCUGUCACCAAUCAUUUCUCCCCCUAUAUUUCAAAGAAGAACCACUUGGCCUAUUCAUGCUUUUGCUAGUAAUGUGUGUAAAAAAAGAGGGAUUAAAAGCACAGGACACUUUUAUUAUUUGAAGUCUUCAAUGAUAGUCUUUACUUCACCUCAGUCAAGCUUUUCUAGUAAUCAGAUAGAUGAGCACAUUAUGUUAUCUUCAAUUUGUGUUUCAAAAAACAUGAGUUUCUAUUUUUAAGCUGAUUUUUGAAGGCCAUUCUCUGGUAAAGGUAGCUUUGUGGGCUAUAUAUGUAUAUAUAUAUACACAUGAAAGAUUGUGUUUAAUGUUUUGUAAGACCCAAGAUGAGUUUGUUUUAAUGGAUUAUUUCACAUGUGAAAUCCACUUCAAUAAAUGUUCGUUCUGAUU